UAAUUCAAUCUGUCGCAUAACUGUCAUAUUAAAUAAAUUAGGUUUAUAGCAAUCAUUUAAAAUCGAAUAUAAACCCUUUUUAAAAUGCAAGGCGAUAUUCCUUCUACACCACGAGGUCACGGUGAUGGAGACGGGAUCAGGCAGAAAAUGGUGACUAAUAAGAAAGGACCGAUUUCGUCAGCUAAAAAGGUUAAACCGCGAUCUAAAGAUGAACCUAUGAAACUAAAACUUCAGACUGUUAAUUGUAAUGUAACCGGAAGAAAACCUGAACGAGUUAACACUCCUUGCAAGCAAAAGGAAGUAUUGGUCAAAUCUGCUUCUGUUGCAGAAAUAACACCCACUAAGGCAAAAAAAAGGCUGUCUAUGCGUUCCGUAGACGACAACAUUGAAAUAUAUGCUACACCUCGCCUUCUAUCUGAUUUCGAAGAAAAACUGUUUUGUCUACAGGAGCGUAACACUUGCAGAGUAUAUCGAAGGUUAAUGCUUUUAGCAUGGAGAAAAUCUCGUGAUUCUGCUAAAGCUAAGGAUGAACUUUUAAAGAAACAAGAACUUCAGAUUUUGCAAUUAGACUUACAAGUAGAUGUGCUAAACAAAUUGAGAGAGGCAGAAAGUCAAAAACGUGAAGAGGCUCAGACAGAAUGUCAAAAAUUGAAGAAAUCCAUUGAUCUUCUGGAGUUGGAAAAUGGACAACUGAAUGAGGAAACCCAGAACUUACAAACCACCUUAGAAAUCAUUCAAAAUGAACUGAAAGUUGCAAAAGCUGAGAAUAACUUCCUCAGUGACCAAUCGACAAAACUGCAAGAGGUUAUUGGCAAGAAGAAAUCGGAAAACAGAUUUUUGGAAGAAAAGGUAAAGCUUUACGAUGAAGAAAAAUCGACACUUAGAAGCAUGGUUUCUAAUUUAGAAUGCAAAAUAAAAUUUUUAGAAAAAAACCUAAAAACUACUGAGCAGAACUACCGCAUGAAGGAGAACAAAUACACCCAAUUAAAAUGCGAAUUCAAAAAGCAACUCGACACGAACAAGUCAGUAACGAAGCAGCUUGAAGACCUCAAGAAUGAGAAAAUAAACGUUUCAAUAAAGGUAGAAGACUUAGAGUCUCAGCUAAAUAACUACAUCCAGUCGUGCGAACUCUUAAAAGAAGCCAAUGUCGAAUUAAAUCAAGAAAUGCACGAAAUGUCGAUUGAACUGGAGGAAGAAAAAAAACAUAACUGGUUGAAAAACACAAAACAUUUUGCUUUAUUGUCUUUAUCGGCUUUACAAAAGGUCGCUGACGUCGUGUUACCAGCCUAUUUGGAUGGACCUGCUAAUUUCUAGUUUUACUCUUGUAGUUAAAAACUGUGUCAUUAAUUACAUAAUUUAUGCAA